CGGGUGUACGUAUUGAUGAUAGCGCGUGCGCGCGUGGAUUUAAAAAGUCAGCUAAAGAAUGAAUCUAGAAUUUUGUCCUUACUUUCAGUUCGAACGCAUCAGGUCUGAUAGAACAACCUAUGCGACGAAUGAAAGUAAUUUCUUUUUUAUAAUACUCUCUUCGUACAUAUCAAGUGAUAAUUUUAUCCUCGUGCAAAGAUAUAAAUCAAUAUAUUUACAAAAAAAUACUCUAUUAUAGUACGACCGUUUAUAAUUAUUUGCAUAUAAAUAUAGAAGGUAUUAAAAAGUGCUUCAUUCUAAUACAAAAAGUAAAAAAGAAAUAAUAAGCGUGUAAAUAUAUUUUCAAAAAUGGCUAAAUUCUUAGCCACUAUAAAAGCUAUAAUAACACGUUUGGUAUUCGCGUCGCAUGGUUUUAUCGCUAUCUGGCAGGUAACAACGUUUAAGAAGAAUCCACUUUUCUGGUAUUUAAGUUGUCCAAUUUUGCUCCUCUUUUUUGAGGGUGUUUUCACUCUAACUAUAAAAGAAAAUCAAGAAUGGAAAUGGUUCUGUCCUUCAGUAUUUUUAUAUUUAAGUAGCGUAGUGCCAGCAAUUUGGCUCUUGGAGCUCGACAAAGUUGAUAAGAGAUUGAAAUCUCGCGAAUCUAAUAUCAACAUAUCCGAAAAUUUUGAUUUAUCCAAUUUGGCAGCCGAAGAUUUGAAACAUUUAGAAAAAGCUUUGGGUGUAAACAUUAAUUUACCAGACAUCCAAAUAUCUACUGAAACCUGGGUAACUUUAAUAGAACAAUUUUUAAUGCUCAUCUUAAUAAUCGGUCGAUGGAUGUUACCCAAGGGAGAUCUUACGAGAGAUCAGUUGAGUCAGUUACUGUUGGUUUAUAUCGGAACUGCAGCCGACAUUAUUGAAUUCUUCGAUUCCUUCAAGGAGGAUAGAAUAGCUCGUGAACCAGUCCUUGUAUAUUUAACUUUGGGAAUUUGGGCUUGGUCGUUGAUGCAAUUCACGGUCGUCCUCACUGCUACUAAAUCGAGAAAAUCGCGAUUAUCUUCCGGAAGUGCUAUGAAAAAGAGGGUGCAAACGGAAACAGGUUGUUGUAGCAUCGAUAUUUGGGGCAUUGCUCUUAACAUGAUCCUUCAGGAUGGACCUUUUCUGGCAUUUAGGUUGAUCCUAAUAAUACAUUAUCAAAUAGUCAGUUACAUGAAUAUAUUUUUUACAUGUAAGAACACUUUGGUAAUACUCUUACAACUGUACAGACUAUACGUCGUUCACAGUGAAAGUAAUAGUAAACGAAAGAAAGAGAAGUACGAGAAAUACGAAGUACCUAACAUCAGUAUUAUUUCUCGAGCGGAUAUGUCUAAAGAAACGAGAUGUAGAAGAUCUCAAGAUGAUAGAAAGAGGAAAAGGAGACGGGAAAGAGACGUGGAAGAAAAUUUAUCUGAUUCGGAGGAUUCUACCGAAGAAAUCGAUAAAUUUGAUUCGUCACCAAAGCAAACGAUUCGUCCUAAACGAAAAACUCGUCAGGAUACUGGUUACUCGACAUCGAGUUCUCGCAAUUCGUCAAAACACUUAAAAUCGCAGAGACAAGAAAGUAGAAGGAACAAAGCUUCGCGUAAAAGCGAAUCUAAAAAUCGUGAAGAUUCAAGUGAUAAUGAGACACAUAAAAGAAAAACCAACAAAUCUAAUGAAAGACAUGAAAGAAGGAUAUUUGAAGAUGGUAGAACGAAAAGUAGAAGUGAAGAUUCUAGCAAGAGUUCUGGUAAAAAAGAAAAAUGUGAAACUGAAAGUGAUUUCUCGACUCAAGAUCUCAAUGGUAAUAAAACUCCUAGCCAGAGUAGCGAUUCUGAGUCUGAAAAAAAAAGCAAACGAGUUCAACGUAAACGACGACAAAACAAGGACUGACAAAAAAAUCUUGGUAUUGUUGCUUUGUUCUUUCUCUAUUCAAUAAUUUUGGUCGUUUUUGUACUUAUUAUACAUACCGGGAUCAACGACGGUUUGAUAUUAGUCUCAAGAACAAAAGCAAAUAUUUUAUACCUUAAUCAAUCAUAGUUUUUACAAGAAAGUCUAUUAAACGACUUGGAUAAAUAUAUGAUUAGAGAUAAAAUAUUUG